AUGGUGGACGAAAUAAAGCAAAUACACAUUUCACCGUUUUCAGAACUGAAGAUCGCAUCUCAUGAAGUCUUAAGGUAUACUACUGACAUUCCAUAAUGAAAUAAACGUUUUACCUACUUCUAGUGACGCUUCAUUCAUACAGUACAUUGUUAGACCAAUUUAAGCCUUUGAAAUCUUUGAAAACACAAAUCAGCACCGUGGAACAAAACAGCUCAGUCCUAGCGGAAUUCUUUUAUUUUCUUCAAUGCUUUCUGUAAGCGUAAAAUAUUUGUACGGACAAUGAAGUAUGUGUAAUGAUUCUUUACCGAUAAAGUUCAUUUAUUUAUUUUCUUCCAGAGGCGCUGAAAGAAGACCUUGCCCCAAGUGUCAAGCCUCGAGAAAGUAUUAUUGUUACACAUGCUACAUAACAGUUGGACUUGAUAGAAGUCUGAUUCCGACAGUUCAUCUACCUAUAAAAGUGGACAUGUGAGAUUAUUCAUUUUCUUUGUGGGGUGAAUAGGGACACAAAUAGAAAUGUUUGACCCGAUGUGUUAAUCUGUCGUUAUUUCCUUUUUAAUCAGGAUCUGCGUUACUUUUUUUCCCUUAAAAUAAAUUAGCUGCAUGUGGUCGGGGAAAUUUAAAAUCCAUCAAAAAUUUACGAUACGAGAGCGGUGAUAACCAAAUCAUAUCAAACACACGCUCAUGGAAUAAUUGUUAAGUAUUCCCCAAUUUUCAAACCUUAUGUCCUCUAUGAUCAAAGCCUUUUUAGAAAUUUUAUUCAACGCAGAAGGAAAACUUUUUUUAAAAAAAUGUUUGAAAAAUAUGAUGGAUAAUAAAUACAGUAGCCUCCAAUUCAUUAUUCUUUUUUAAAGGUGAUUUUUCUAACUUUUCACCCUAUUUCCCCCUCUGUAUACAUAGUUGUUGUCUGUCAUCCACAUAUCAUUUGGAUCAUUACUUACCAUCUUACAAUUGACAAAAUGUUUUUUGACAACAGAAUAAAACAUCAAAAAGAGUUGGUAGGGAAAAGUACAGCCACUCAUGCAUGUAUCUUAGCUCCUGGGAAUGUGUCCAUCCAUAACUUUCCAGUAAGUUUAUGCUGUAUUUUAAACCACCCGAAAAAUCUGUUAUCCAUUUUGUCUUAUUUUUUAUUUCUUUUAUUCACAUUAUAUUCUAUUCUCUCAUUUUGUUUCUUUCACCAGGAAGUCCCAGAUUUUCAAGAGAAGGAGAAGGUAAAAACAUUUGAUUAAUUGUAAUUCACUGUAUAUAACAAUUGUUACCAUUAUAUGUUACUAAUUAAAGAUAGAUACUUCUUUCAUUGUAUUAUCUAUAUUUAUGUUAUUGUCUUUAUUUCAGGUCAUAAUUGUUUUUCCAGCAGAGGUGAGUCAGUAAUAAAAAUGUUAUCAGGAAGUUAUAUUUUAUGUUCAGUUUGAUAUAUUUUGUUCAGCACAACUAAGAUGAUUUUUACAGUGAAGCUUAUGCUUGAAAGUUAAAGAUGAUGAUGAUAAUGAUGACAAUGAUAAAGUUGAUGACAAAGAACACCAGACUAUUACAUCAAAGGUAUUCAACAUAUAUGCACUAAAACAAUGGUCCAGUAAUUAGGAAUAAAUUACAAACACUAAUGAAAUAUAGAAACAAUCAAAAUUGCCAAAUUGGCUAAUAAACCAUUUAAUAACAAAUCAGGGUGUAAAUUCUGUAUCAACUUUCCAGGAUGCUGUCACCCUGGAGAAGAUCAGAUUAAACCAGGACAGACAGAAUCCAGAUUCUUCAGAUGCUGGUGCCUUGUUACACAGAGUGGUGUUCAUUGAUAGCACAUGGCAGCAGUGUCAUCAGAUCAUAACCGUAAGCCUGUUAGCACAAGCUUCUUAAUUAUAGCAUAAUGUAGCUGUAACAAUCACUGAUUUAUGUUUAAAGAAGUUUCCCUAAAAUCACAAUUGAAUGUAAUUUGCAAAAUGCAAAUGACUCAGUUUAACAAUUUUUGCCUAUAACAUUUUUUACAACAUAAUAUAACAAUGCUUCCCUUUCACCCUCAGCUCAGUGAAAAUGCAAUAAUUGAUUCAGACAAACCAAACUUUAAGUUCAUCAAACUGUUUUGAAUGAGAAAUUGAUUGUUUUAUCAUUUAAAAUAAGCUUCACUUUUGAUUAAAUGCAAUGUUGAAGCCCCAUGUAGUAAUUCUAUAAUUGAUUUGAAUGUAUAUCAUUGACAAAUCAGCAAUGAAAUAUUUGUUGAAUGUAGAUAAUUUGUUGUAAAGUGUUUUUUUUUAACAAGAAAGUUUAUUUUAAGGACAAAAAGUUGAAAGGACUGAAAAGAGUUAAACUUGAGAGUGCUGUAACACAUUUUUGGAGGUACGUACAAUCUUGCAACCUUUUUAAAUGACUUGUUUAGAUAUUUGACAAGAUGACAGCUGAUAGGGAAAUAGAGGGCUUAAAGAAUUUCCAUCAAAGGGAUGUGACUGAACCUGUAAUGUUUAGUUUGAGUCUCUAAGGUCAGAUAGCCUCACACUGCUACAGUCUAAAGGGGGUAUUUUUCUAAAGAAACUGUGGUGCAAUGCAGUGGGAGUGUAUGACAGGGUAAUAUAGUAUUAUCAACUAAAUUGGCCACCUUAAAGAGUUUCAAAGCUGACAUUUCAAGCAAUAGCCCUUCGUCAGAGCAAAUGAGGAACAGCUAAUGCUCUGUUGCAUGAAGUGGUUAGGAGUACAUUUACCUUCCCUGUAUUAUGAUUGUUCAUCACAUUGUUGCCCCCUUGUAUUUGUUAGAUUUCCCUGACGUUUUUUAGGUACCCACCAGUAAUUCAGGGUGCUCUGUGAGAGGGAAGUGUCUUGCCCAAAAGCAUCUCAAUGAUCCUGCUGAGGCUCAAACCCAGGACCGCUCAACACAGAGUCCAGUGCAUUUACCAUGAACCCCAAAGUUGUUUACUCGUCUCCUGUGAGUUUUUAGUAAUUAGCUUCAGCAAUGUGGCACACCUUUAAGAGAUAUUUGCUUGACUUUACAGACCUCAAAGGAAGCCAGAUACAUGCCUUGCUACCAUAGAAGCUAUUUAUUACUUUUUCAAGGAAUAUGAUCAGCAUAUUUUAAAAAGGUAUUAUUCAAAAGCACAGCUCAGUGUAUGCCAUGAUGACUUUGAUUCGGAAAGUUCCAAAUUUUAAUCAAUUAUUUGUAUGUUAAGAAAGUCGUGUUAGACAUCAAUUGUUGUUGGAAUGACAGCUUUCUUUUCAGGGAAAUUAAAAAAAUCAGGUGAUCUCUUUCUUUCCAAAUGUUAGCUUCCUCAGCUUAUAUCACAUGGUGUAAACUAAGUGAGACCAAGAAGGUAUAUUUUCUUGAAAACAUUUUUUACACCAACCAUGUGGCAAAGUGUUGCAAGGAAUAUUAAAACUUUUGUGUUCUUCACAAUUUACUAUCAUAAAUGCUCAAAUCUCAAUCUUUUAAAAAUGUAAUUAUAUGCUGUAAACUUUUUCCAUCAGGGAAUAUGAUGGAAGAUAUGACAAUUUAUUAUACUUCUUUGCGUUUCAAUACAAAUUGAUACAGGAGCAGAGAAAAAAUAGGUAA